AUGUUCACCCGAACAUUGUCUAGGCGUGCGUUGACCACGGCCACGCUGGCCGUUGGUGGUUACACGGCUUACUCUUGGCAGAAAACACAUUUGCAGAAUGAGGUGCGCGUCCCGGUGCCGCUCAGGUCUGAGGCGCCAGCUCUCCCUACACGUGAGGAGCUGAUGGAAAAGAUGGCUAAGACCGAGGAAUUCGACGUCUUAAUUAUAGGUGGUGGUGCCACCGGUACUGGUUCUGCCGUUGACGCCACCACUCGUGGUCUGAACGUGGCAUUGGUCGAGAUGAACGAUUUUGCUUCAGGCACGUCCUCCAAGUCUACCAAAAUGGCACACGGUGGUGUGAGAUACCUGGAGAAAGCCUUUUGGGAGCUCUCAAAAGCGCAACUCGACCUAGUCAUUGAAGCUUUAAACGAGCGUGGACAUAUGCUGGAAACUGCUCCUCAUCUGUGUAAAGUUUUGCCUAUCAUGAUCCCCGUUUACAAUUAUUGGCAAGUUCCAUACUUCUACGUGGGCUGCAAAAUGUACGAUUUGUUCGCCGGCUCACAAAAUCUCAAGAGCUCCUACAUGAUGUCUGCUAAACGUGCCUCCGAAGUCGCCCCUAUGUUAGAUGCUUCCAUUCUAAAAGCUGGUCUUGUUUAUCACGAUGGCUCUUUCAACGAUUCUAGAAUGAAUGCCGCUUUGGCUGUGACGGCCAUUGAACGAGGUGCUACUGCUUUGAACUAUAUUGAAGUCACUCAACUUAUGAAGAACGAAAAAACUGGACGCGUCGAGGGCGCGAUCGCACGCGACCGUGAGACGGGCCAAGAAUUUCGUAUAAAGGCAAAGGUUGUGGUCAAUGCAACUGGUCCAUUCAGUGAUCGUUUGUUACAAAUGGAUAAUGACAAAAAAGGUUUGCCUAGAAAUGAUUUGAUUCAAUUCGCUAACGAGGGACAUGACUCCAUUGGAUCUCGUGUCGCGGUCUCUAAUCCCCGUAUGGUGGUUCCCUCUGCUGGUGUUCAUAUCGUUUUACCUGCGUUCUAUUGUCCAAAGGAUAUUGGGUUGCUUGAUGCCAAAACUUCGGAUGGCAGAGUAAUGUUUUUCCUGCCAUGGCAAGGCAAAGUCCUUGCCGGCACCACUGAUAUUCCUAUGAAACAGGUUCCAGAAAACCCCACUGCUACUGAAGCUGAUAUACAAGACAUCUUGAAAGAAUUGCAACACUACAUCAAAUUCCCUGUUAAGAGAGAAGAUGUCCUAAGCGCUUGGGCAGGAAUUAGGCCCCUUGUUAGAGACCCCCGGACGCUGAAGGAAGGGGAUGAUGUUAGCUCAACUCAAGGCCUUGUCAGAAAUCACUUUUUAUUCACAUCUGACAAUGGUCUCGUUACCAUUGCGGGUGGGAAAUGGACCACCUAUAGAGAAAUGGCCGAAGAAACCAUCGAUGAAGUUGUGAAAGUUGGCCAUUUCCAAGCGAAGCCCUGUGUUACUAAAAAGAUAAAACUUGCCGGUGCGGAAGGCUGGGAUCCAAACUUUGUUGCCAUGCUCGCACAAAAGUAUCGUCUUUCAUCAAAAAUGGCAGAGCAUCUAGCAAACAGCUACGGAACACGUUCUCCAAUCAUUUGCGAGAUGUUCAAGAUCGACGACAGGAACCAACUUCCCGUCACUUUCGGUGGUAGAGAAAAUGUUACGGUGUAUCAAAACGUCAACUUCGACUCGUUCCGUUAUCCAUUCACAAUUGCUGAAUUGAAGUAUAGUGUGAAGUACGAAUACACGAGAACUGCGUUGGACUUUUUGAUGAGAAGAACUAGGUUUGGUUUCUUGGACGCAAGACAGGCAUUAGCAGCUGUUGACGGUACAGUUAGCGUCAUGGGCGAUGAACUGAAUUGGGAUGAUAAUAGAAGGCAGUCAGAAAGACAACAGGCUUCUGAUUUUAUCAAGACGUUCGGUGUCUAG